AUGGUGUUCGCAUUUUGGAAGGUCUUUCUGAUCCUAAGCUGCCUUGCAGGUCAAGUUAGUAUGGUGCAGGUAACCAUCCCAAACAGUGUUGUGAAUGUGACUGUUGGAUCUGAUGUCACACUUGUCUGCACCUACACCAGCACUGUGGCCUCCCGGGACAAGCUCUCCAUCCUGUGGUCAUUCUUUCACAAGAAGGACUUGCCACCAGCUUCUCACAGCCCGUGCCUCAAUACUGAGGGUAUGGAGGAAAAGGCAGUCAGUCAGUGUCUAAAUAUGGCGCAUGCAAGAGACGCUCGGGGAAGAUGUAGCUGGACCUCUCAGAUUUACUAUUCUGAAGGUGGACAAGCCGUAGCCAUCGGGCAAUUUAAAGAUCGACUUGUAGGGUCCAACGAUCCAGAUAACGCCUCUAUCACCAUUUCACAUAUGCAGCCAGCAGAUAGUGGUGUCUACGUCUGCGAUGUUAACAACCCCCCUGACUUCACCGGAAAUAAUCAAGGCAUCCUCCAAGUCAAUGUGUUAGUCAGACCUUCGAAGCCCUUUUGUAGCAUCCAAGGAGUACCAGAAACUGGCCAUCCAAUAUCUCUUUCUUGCCUCUCUCUGCUCGGGACACCGUCCCCUGUAUAUUACUGGUAUAAACUCGAAGGUGGAGACAUCAUCCCAGUGAAAGAAAACUUCAACCCAGCCACUGGGACUUUGGUUAUUGGAAAUCUGACCAGUUUUGAACAAGGUUAUUACCAGUGCACGGCUAGCAACAACCUUGGCAACAGUUCCUGUGAAAUUGAUCUAACUUCUUCCCAUCCGGAAGUUGGAAUCAUCGUUGGGGCGCUGGUGGGUACCCUGUUGGGUGCUGCCAUCAUCACCUCUGUUGUGUGCUUCGCAAGGAGCAAGGCCAAGGCCAAGGCAAAGGGGAAGGAAAGGAAGAGAAAUUCAAAAACCAGCACAGAACUUGAACCAAUGACAAAGAUAAACCAAAGUGCAGAGCUCGAGGCAAUGGCAGGGGAACAUGCUCUCCAACUCGAAGCGACUCUGCCACCUUCUGGCCACGAGAAUGACCCCGCUACCACCCUGGGUCCAGAUCAUGAGCCGACCCCGGAGCCGGAGCCUGAGUCUGUCCGGGAGCCAGCCCCACAGCCUGGCCCAGAGCAAGAGCCUGGCCCAGAGCCAGAGCCUGUCUCAGAGUCGGAGCCUUUCCUGGAGCCGGAGCCUGUCCCGGUGCCUGAGCUGGAUACAGAGCUGGAGCCUGAGCCAGAGACAGAGCCAGAGCUGGAGCCGGAGCCAGAGUCUGAUCCCGAGCCCGGGAUUGUAACGGAGCCCUUGUGCGACAGGGAAAAGGGAGUGAAUAAGCCAUAGGCUGGUAGCCAAGUACAGUGUUCAUCAGUAGGGAACCCAUUACUGGCAUUUGGAGUUGCCCUAACCAGUCUCCCACCACAUCCCUCUCUUCUGACCUGCCCUCUUCUAACAAGGUACUCUUGCCUUUGAUCCAGAAUAAAUAGGUCAAGAUAAAUGCAAGGGUUCCUCUGUUACUUACACUCUAAC